AACAUUCGCUUCCAGUUCUCUUGAACGAGGCAUCGAGUUUUCGAGUCCACGAUAUCCACGAGAUCCACUGUUUCGCUAUCCACGCGUUUAUAUAUCCACGUUCCCUGUCCUGUCUUUACUACGGGAAAGGAAACCGCGUGGCCGCCCUGUAACGUCGAUAUAUUCGAUCGAUUCCCGCGAUACGAUGAGAUUGUUCUCGGGAAAUAACGAAAAUGUGACGUGAGACUGACAGAUAGGAGAGGCUUGGCAAUAACGUGACACGUUUCACAAUCGAUCGUUCAGUGUGGCACGUUCACACCGCCAAAAUGACAGUGGGAAGGACCAAUUUUCACGCGUUCACCAGUGCGCUUGUGUCGGUACUGUGCUUGGUCCUGGUGGCGCUUCGUGUCAGCCAGGUCACCGGCCAAUUAUUGGACACCGAGUUUCAACCGACGGUCACAGCGACAUGCAAGUCCGGUCAUAUGACGAUACGAGUGAACCUAAAUCAGAGUUUCGUGGGCGCCGUCCACGCGAGAGAUUUUCGAACGCCGCAAUGCAUGGCGCCCGGAAACGGGUCGACGCACGCGACGUUGGCCAUCAAUCUUCUCGCGCCCAAAGGUUCCCCGGAUUACUGCGGCGUCUUGGUAAAUAACGACACCGAGGAACGGUCCAUCCCCAUCGCGGUAAGGAUACACAAGACCUUAGAGCUGGCUGACGAUAAAUUUUACGUGAUCACGUGCGGAAAAGCUGGAUUCAAAAACGCCAAGAACGAGACCUCGCUUGUAUCGUUGCGCCUUUUGGACGGAGGCCACAAAGUGCAAGAGGCUAUUUAUGGUCACAACUACACUUUGCGUGCUGAGAUCUCGCGACCAGAUGGUAUGUACGGGAUCAAAGUGAAGUCGUGCUUCGCGUUUAAUAAACGUAACUCCAGUGUCCAGCUGAUCGACGAUAAAGGGUGUCCCGUAAAGGCUCAGGUGAUGACGAAAUUCAUCUACGAUCGAAACACCGGCCUGGCGGAUGCGACAUUGUUCUCGAUGUUCCGGUUCUCCGAUAGUACGCAGGUGCAUUUUCAAUGCGACAUCGCCGUAUGCAGAGGAAGCUGCGGUAUCCCGGUCUGCGACGACGAUAACGAGGAAGAUAUAAAGGGAGCGUCCUUAAUUAAUAGGCAAAGCGUGAGCGGCGAGGAAGGAGUGCUUCUGGCCGGCACGAGCGUGUUCGUUCUUAACCCUGGUCAAACGCCGUCGGUUCAGUCAUUGUACGAGGAUGGCAGCGUUCACCCUGUAUGGCUGUUAUGGCUGGCGGUAGCUCUCGGCAUCCUGUUCCUCAUCAUGCUGAUAAUCAAUAUAUUCCUCUGCUCGGCGAUGACCUGCAGCUGCACCAGGACGGACAUUAUCGAGAAGGAGCCAUCGAUUAUCGAGGACUACGAUCCCUAUCGUAGCUGGCACGGAUCCCAAUACGGCUCGAGGUACUCCUUAAACGGGAAGCAGGGAUACGCUUCCGGAGGAUCUACGAUGAAUUCGACGAGGUCGAUAUCGACGAACAGCGACCACUACGCCAUAGUUCAUUCGAGGCCCGGGAGCAGAUACUCGGGUCCGGGCCAGAAGCAUCAUCAUCAUCACAGAGGGCCGCCAUCGAACAUCGGCUCCCAUUAUUCCGGGAAAUAAUAUUCAUAGAAUUUUUACAAUAACAAAAAGGUGGAAGGAAGGAAGGAAGGAAGGAAGGAAGGAAGGAAGGAAGAAUAGAACGAACUGUUAUUUCCUAUGAUGUCUCGAACGCAUAAUUCAAGCUCUUUUAUAACAACGCAACCGCGCGUAACGGGUAUCUAGAUUCAAUAGAGUCAUUGCUCACGCUGUUCAAAGACGAACUACAUGGACAGAGGCGUAGACAAUGGUUGAUCCUUGACUCGAGAUAAAAGCAUAAGGACGCGAGACGCAAUAAUUCGCUUAAUUACAGCCCCUUAACGAAGAAUAAUAGACACUUGGCCACUUUGGCCAUGUUCGCUUCGCGUUGAGGAUUGACUUAUCUAAUUUGAUACGUCCUCGAUAGUUGAUAUUAAUGCAUCGAUAGAAAUAUCCUGAUUUUUUUUCUUUUUUUUUUUAUUAAAUAGAGAAAGAUCAAAUUUAAAGAUGGUUUAUUAUUAUUUGAAUUUUAAAUCGGUUUUGAAAGAAAGAACGAGAGUGAUGAAGACAAAGUGAAAAUUAUUUAUAAUUUGAAUUUUCUAUUAUUUUUCUUUUUAGACGUGUUGUUUCUGUUAUUAAAAGAUUAUGAUACUUUUUUUUUUUUUUUAAUUCAAGAUUCAAGAUUUGAUUAACUUUCUUUAUGAAUAAAUUUCUAUACGAUGAGAAUAAUAAUAUCAAGUAUCGAGAUAUCGACAAUUCCAUUUAUUAAUAGCUCCAUAUGUGAGAAAGUUUUUCAACUAGAUCGUAUAUGUAUCAUAUGAUAGUCAUAAAUAUAGGUACUAUCUUCUUUUUUUUUUUCUUUUACAAUUUUGCGCAAUAUCGUAUUUGAUUAAGCGAAAUUACAGACGAAACUUUUGUACAUAAUCAGAAAUCAUCAUUCUUUGUGACCAACGAUAUUGUAUAUCUACAGAAACGAUUAUUCUUGCUAUACCUGUAUCGUUUCGUGUCGUCCAAAUAAAAAGUAUUACGUGCGACAAAAUUUAUAUUUUGUACAAGAAGAAAGUAGAGAAAAAUAUCCGAGAAAAGUUCUAAAGAAUUAAAGGAAAAAAAAAAAAAAAAGAAAUAUUCCUAGAAAAUUAAUUUUUAUUGUAACAAUUCAAUGAAACAUUCCGUGUUCAACGAGUCACAAACACGUGUUUAAAUACAGUAAAAAAAAAAAAGAAGAAAAAUUAAAAAUAA